AUGUCAAAUAUAACUGAAGGUGUACUUUCGAUGUUCUUCGGUCAGCAGACAAAAUCAGUUAGCCUAAUAAUUUUUGGCAUUGCCUCCUUUGUUGAGACAGCAUCCUCAAUAUUAGUCCUAUGGCGUUUCGUUAUGGAGAUUCGACAGAAUAUUGUCAAAGAACAAAAGUUAAUUGAAUAUGAAAGAAAAGGAACGUUAGGAAUUGGUAGUUUAUUUAUAAUAUUAGCCUUUGGGACAUUAUCGCAUUCCAUCAUUACGUUGACACAGAAAACUCAUCCUGAAAACACGACAGCGGGUUUAGUAAUUUCCAGCAUAUCAAUAAUACUCAUGUCAGUGGUAUAUACUUGUAAGAGAUACUUAGCUAUAAAGUUAAACUCUUCAACAAUGUUAUAUGACGCUCAAUGCUCAUUGGCUUGUAUUAAAAUUACCGCAGUGCUUUUUUGUAGUAGUUUGAUUUAUUUGAUUUGGACAACAUUGUGGUGGACUGAUUCUGCAGCAGCUUUAAUAUUUGGUAUUUUUUUUGCUAAAGAAGGUAUUGAGAUGAUCACUCAGGCCAAAGACAAGAAUUUUAACGGUGGAUAUAGUAGUUCAAUAGAUACCAAUAGCGAAAUACAAGGCGAAAAUUGUAAACCUGAUGAAAGGAACGAGACUAGCACUACUAAUGAGAAAGGGCGACAUUUACGAGUUUCCGCAAAUGAUGAUGAUGAACAGGUUGAAGAGUCCGCAAUUAUUGGAGCUUGGUGGAGAGAAAAUGGCACAGAUAUCGAAUUGGAAAAUAUGGCAUUAAAAAGUAUCAAAAAUGAAACUGAAACUUCAUUUCCUAUUGCUAUCGUAGCUCAUUAG